CAAAGAGGAAAAUUAUUGACUGUUUUCAAAGUGAAACGUGAAUAUAGCAACUUAAACAGGUUCCUAAAAAUUGCGUUCAUGUUCAUAUGUACUACUACUAGCUACCAGGACUCAUAAGACUUCAAAUGGCCGAGGAAGAAGAGCAGAUGUUUUUGACGAGACAAGAGGUUGUCUACACAAGACAAGACCAGCCUGGAGUAUACUAUAUUGCAGCCAGCAAACCAGAGGAUACGUGCUCGACCCAGCUUACGGACAUUUCCUUACCUCGGUCAUCCAGUGGAUUUUCUGAGCUACCUCUUUCGGCAGUAGCAAGUGAGCAUUCUGAUUUCGUCUGCACUGAAAGCAAUGAUGAUGCUGUUGACCAAAUUGUCAACAUGGCAGAACAACAAAAUGAGGUAUCGGCCGUGACGCUGGAAGAAGCGGCAGCAUCUAUUCUUGAAGGCAAUAUCGAUGCUUUAGAUGAGGAACCAGGGGAAAAUCAAUUGUCAGCAGAUGGAGACCUGCAGAUGUCAAACACGAUCCCUAACAAUACUGGCGAGCACACACACGAGCAUGAGGUGGAGAACCAAAAGGAAGAAAAUGUGACAGUUGCUGAAGUAGAUGUAUCCAACCCCAUUGAGCUAUCACAUAACAUAAUUGUCACCAUCAAUGGGAAGAAAUGCAUCCUACAGCAGGAUGCGGCGACAGGCGCGAUGGUUGGGUACCCGCUCCGGAUGGAGGGAGAAGCGCCAAAGCGUAGGAGAGGUCGACCGCGAAAGGUACGACCUGAGCCGGGAACCGUCGAGGCACCCACCGACGCAAGCAAAGGGAAGAAGCCGAGCGAGGAAUGGGAGAACGAAAAGGAGCAAGGGAACAAGUCAGGAGAGGAAAAAGUACCGGAGGAGGAGAAGGAAGAGGAGAAGGCGGCGCAGGGCCUGCUGGAGCUGCGUCAUUCGUCGGGACUCACCGUGAAGAGAAGCAGCCGGAGAAGGAAGCCGGCGAGAAAGUUUGAGAACAUUUACGAUAAGAAGCUGUCGCAGUUGUCUGACCUGGAGCUAAGCUCGAGCAGCGGGGAGGAGGACUAUGAUGAAAAUGACAAGGAUGUAGUGCUGCCCAACCUGGCACCUAACUUUCCCGGAAUGAAGCGCAAGAGGGGACGUCCGGCCAAGCAUUCCAAAUCUGCCCGGCCAACUGUGCCGUUCAACGACCUAGGUGGUCUACUGAUGCCGUUAAAGAGGAAGAGAGGCAGACCUAAGAGAAGUGGGCCACCUCCUCCUCCAACUGUACAGGCGAUAAUGCUGAAAGGAGCUGAUGGUCAGACAAUCUUGAUGACCCUACCCCAGCAGCAACCCAGCGGACGCACCUUAUUGUACGAGGGACAGACAGAGAAAAUUCCUGUGAUGAUUCAGCAAGACACGGCGGCGGCGGCGCACACAGAAGAUGAGCUUGCUGCAAGUGCCCUUAUUCAGGAAGGUGCAGCGGCGACAGACACCACCCCUCUUGUGGACGAUGGCCAGUCUCAGUUGAUGAGCGUAGUUGCGGGGCCUGCUGUGACGUCUCUGCUUACAGAGGGUGCUGCUAAACCUGCCACAGCCAAGGGCAGAGGGCGACCACCCAAGGUCGCAAAAUCAGUAGUGCAAGAAGGACAAGCUACUCUAGUCCCAAUUCGUGCAGACCUUCUUCCUGGUCUUGCUCCAGCUGUAAACUCCGAACCAAUCAAACUUGGGCUGAAGACCUCUGAGAGUUCCAUCGAGAAGCUAAAGUGCUGCAAGUGUGGCUUCCAGGCUUACUACCAGCAGCAAUACCAGGAGCACAUCGUCACGCACCAGGGAGACGUGCACAAGUGCAAGUGCUGCAACUUUCACACGUUCGAGAGUGAAGAGUUGCUUCUUCACUUCAUGGCAAAUCAUCCAAAGUGCAUCUGCCCGCUGUGUAACUUUAUGGCAGAGUACGCCUACAUUAUCAGGCGGCACAUGUUUAGACACAGCCGGGCCGAGGCCGAAUGCGAAAUCUGUGGCAAGAAGUAUAAGGACCAGUACAUUCUGAAAAUGCACGUCAAGCUAGUACACAUGCCAGCAGACGUACUGUUUGAAUGCACCAUCUGUGGCAAGAAGUUCAACAGAAAAGCUCACCUCAAGCGACACAUUCGCACGCACGACCCCGACAAACCGUACAAGUGUCCAUCGUGUGACUACCGUGGUUGUGAGAGGUCAGAUGUGACAAAGCAUUUACUGAUCCACGACAACCCAAAAUUCAACUGUGAACUUUGCGGCAAGAACUUUCGUCACUUCAAGAACUUGGAUCUGCAUAUGAAAAGGCACAAGGGACAGCGCGAUUACAAGUGCGGCAUCUGCGAGUUCUACGGUUAUACGUUCACCGACAUUCGCAAGCACAUUGAGCGCAAGCACGCCGAUAGCAGAGCCCUCAUCUGUGUGAACUGUGGGCUCUGCUUCAAAAAUGUGCAGGAACUUAAAGAUCACGUCGCUUGCAAAUGCGAGUCGUUGGAGGUCGAACAAGUUACGGGUACUGGGGAAGACACGAUGGACGUGGAAGAUAUACACAUAGCCGAGGAGAUCACCGAUGAGCAGCUUGCUGGCCAUAUUGUCAUAGCAUGCUCAGAUGAUAAUUCCAAGAACAUACUCACACAGUCUGAGCUAACAUCUCAGGAGGUCGUGGAAACUCUGGAAGGGGAUGCAACACUGCAAAACCAGGUGCUGAAUAUCUCCGAGACGCAGGCGACGUCGGCGGAUGGCACGCGGCAGAUCAUCGUUCACGAGGCGGACGGACAGAUACUCGUGACGACCAUCGACGGGGUGACGGGUCAGCUGCUCGUCGGUAGCGAGGACCAGGUGUGCAAUGCUCAGAUAUUAACAGCUGAAGAGUUUGAGAAUUUAUCGUCCGACACCAUGGUAGUCGAGGACGAGCAAGGGAGCGAGGGCGUAGCACAGUACGUUGUAACUCGUGGAGAGAACGGGGAGGCUGUACUCAAGCUGGCUGUCUAAAUACAGAGAUGCCAUCAUCACAGCUGUAUAUAUAUAUAUAUCACGCCGUAUUCGUGCCUUGCCACCAUCUUUUUAUAUUAAAAGCUUGAUGCUGCUGCAGUAAACACCAACAAGUGGAAUUGGUGCCAAUGCUAUGUUUGGCGUAGAGUUCUGUGAGUAUGGGAUCUUGUGCGAACACAUGGUUCAUUUAUAUUUUUGUUGUGCACUAACAGAUUGUAUACAGUUGUUCUUUAAAUUAUAUAUAUAUAUAUAUAUAUAUGUUGCAUUGUAAUUGUAAUUAUUAAUCACGAACUGAUUAAAUGCUGUGACAUAUAGAGGCAAACAAGUUUUCAAAUGUGCUGAACUGAAUACCAAGUAUUGUGUAUAUAUAUAUAUAUGUAUAGAAAUAUGAAUUAUUAUAUUAAAUAUCGCUACAUUGAUUACUAAAA